CCUAACCACACUGCUAACUUUAUGCCUAACCCUAACCUUGAAUAUAGACGUUGUGUCUGUGGUAUCUAAACCGAGUUUUGACGCGAAAUUAUCCGUGGCCAGAAGCGAUACUGGCCUUUCGAAGCUCAAAACAACGCUUUUGAAAUUAAUGAUUUUGCAGAUAGAUUCUUCUAAUAUUAGCUGCUAUUUGUCUAGAUGGCUUUGGAGACUUGUCCCAAGGACCUCCGCCAUUUGCGUGCAUGCCUUCUGUGCUCUCUUGUGAAGGUAAGUACAAAUACCAGGCUAGCAAGCUAACGUUAACAAAGUCGAACACUUGGCAGUGGCAUGCAUUUGUAAACACUAGUUUACCUGAGAGGUUCCUAGCUACUUACUAUUUAUCAAACGUAACUUUUUUUAAAGCUUGCUACUAUCUAUUAAACGUAAAGCUUGCUGAACUGUUUGUGUGUAAUCUAGCUCUGGUCUAGGACGCGCGGAAAUGUGUAUGGCUAACUCUGUGUAGUCAUUCAAUCCAUCUUUCUCCUGUCCCUAUACAGACUAUUGACCAGUUUGAAUAUGAUGGCUGUGACAACUGUGAGUCGUACCUUCAGAUGAAGGGAAAUCGAGAGAUGGUAUAUGAGUGUACAAGUUCCUCGUUUGAUGGGUAAGCUCUAUACUUGUAAUGUAUUACUUUUCAGAGAUUGCAGAUUGAUCCUUUAGUGCCAGUUCUGGACAGUGAGUGUGUUAAACCAUUUUGUCUCUGUUUACAGGGUCAUAGCCCAGAUGAGUCCAGAGGACAGCUGGGUGGCCAAGUGGCAGAGAAUCAGUACGUUUGUUGUCACAGUUUAUCCUGUUGGACUAUGACUUUCUUUCAAACGUGACCUUGAAGUUUCAUUUCAUUCUGUUGUGCCAUUAUGUUAGUUUUCACUUUUCCUGUUCAGGUAACUUCAAGCCAGGUGUCUAUGCUGUGACGGUGACAGGGCGGUUACCUCCAGGUAUGUCACGUUCAAAGGCAGUUAGUGUAUAUUUUAAACACUCAACCAGGGCUCUAAAGUGUGACAUUUUGGUCGCAUAUGCUCCUAGAUGCACUACAUGACCAAAUGUAUGUGGACACCUGCUCGUCAAACAUCUCAUUCCAAAAUCAUGGGCAUUAAUAUGGAGUUGGUCCCCCCUUUGCUGCUAUAACAGCCUCCACUUUUCUGGAAGGCUUUCUUCUAGAUGUUGGAACAUUGCGGCGGGGACUUCCUUCCAUUCAGCCACAAGAGCAAUAGUGAGGUCGGCACUGAUGUUGGGCGAUUAGGCCUGGUUCGCAGUCGGCGUUCCAAUUCAUCCCAAAGAUUUUUGAUGGGGUUGAGGUCAGGGUGCUGGACAGGCCAGUCAAGUUCUUCCACACUGAUCUCAACAAACUAUUUCUGUAUUGACCUCACUUUGUGCACGGGUAUUGUCAUGCUGAAACAGGAAAGGGCCUUUCCCAAACUGUUGCCACAAAGUUGGAAGCACAUAAUCGUCUAGAUUGUCAUUGUAUGCUAUAGCGUUAAGAUUUCCCUUCACUGGAACUAAGGGGCAUAGACCGAACAAUGAAUAACAGCGCAAUUAUUCCUCCUCCACCAAUCUUUACAGUUGGCAGAUGCCAGGAGGACGGCCAUGGGGCAGGUAGCCUCCUCCUGGCAUCCGCCAAACCCAGAUUCGUCUGUCGGACUGCCAGAUGGUGACGCGUUCUCUGGAGUGAUGAAUCACGCAAUUCCACUGCUCCAGAGUCCAAUGGCGGCGAGCUUUACACCACUCUUGGCAUUGCGCAUGGUGAUCCUAGGCUUGUGUGCGGCUGCUCGACCAUGGAAACCCAUUUCAUGAAGCUCCCGCCGAACAGUUCUUGUUCUGACGUUGCUUCCAGAGGCAGUUUGGAACUAAGUAGUGAGUGUUGCAACCAAGGACAGACAAUCUUUACGCGCUUCAGCACUCUGUGUUCCCAUUCUGUGAGCUUGUGUGGCCUACCACUUCGCAGCUGAGCCGUUGUUGCUCCUAGACGUUUCCACUUCACAAUAACAGCACUUACAGUUGACCGGGGCAGCUCUAGCAGGACAGAAAUUUUACAAACUGACUUGUUGGAAAGGUGGCAUCCUAUAACGGUACCACUUUGAAAGUCACUGAGCGCUUCAGUAAGGCCAUUCUACUGUGGAUGAAAAUAGCCGAAUCCACUAAUUUGAUGGGAUGUCCAUAUACUUUUGUGUAUAUAUAGAGUAUUUUGCUGUGCGACCUGCCAUUUUUAAUUUGGGAGCACCAGUAUUUUGGGAGCACCAGUGCAACCAGGAAAAAAUCACCCAGAUAAUAAUUGUUGAAAUUAUGGGUUUCCGAGUGCCCUAGAGAAAAAAGUGAGCGCAGAUUUGUUCAAUCCAAAGCUUAGCUACAUGUAAAGAAUAUUAAAGAAUGCAUCAGUGAUUUGUAUUUCUUGCAACUUUCUGAAGGCAUGGGAAUGCGUGGGUCUACCACUUUGUGUAGCCAAGUAGCGAUACCAAAACACUCAUGCUAAAGGUUUUCCCCAUAAAACUGUCCAAAUUAAAUGUUAACUGCUAAGUAGGCUUACUUGGCAGAAUGGUAUCAUAUCAUGAUUUUUAUCAAUCGGGUGGUCUUUUGUUUUGCAAACUCUGCUAUUGUGCAUGCAGUAUCCUACAGAAACAUUGCCAGCCAAAAUGAAAUUAAAGGACAACUAUGCCCUCCCAAAUGUAUUACUUUUUCUUCCCCAGAUCUCAAAAGUGGUCUCCUGAUGUGGUUUACGCAUUGCUGUGGACUUAGAACAUCAAAUGUAGUUGUUUUUCUAUUAGAUAUUAGAAAAGUGUGAUUUUGCAAGGGAAAACCUGAAAAAACCCAUUAUUAAACAUUUGGGGGCACCGAAAUAAAUGAAAAGGGAUAGCUUCUUUAGAAGAUCAAUGAUCAUAGCAAUGAGUAAAUUACUGAUCUCUUGCUAUAUCUCAACCGAUUCAAUUUUUGUUUGGGGGGGUUUGAUUUUGUGCUCCUAACUUUUUAAAGUUUGGGGCACCAGUGCUACCAAUACUUUUUUUCUUUAUUUAGAACCCUGACUGCACUCAACAGUCUAGCAUAGGAGCCAUUCAGAAAAUCUUGGCAUAUGUGGUUAAAAUGGUGUUUAUCAGGAAACAAGCUGUGGAAUCCUCUUGGGUUCUCAGACUGCUGUCAUAGAAGUUCACACUGUGGAUGAGAUUCACUCUCAACAUUGUUCUUCUUUCUGUCCUGCAGGGGUGGUGAGAGAGCUGAAGAGCAGAGGAGUGAUCUACAAAUCCAGAGACACUGCUGUGAAGACAUAAGCCUCAUCAUUACCUCUCUAUGUGGACAGACGGUCAUCAUCAGCACAGCCUCAUAAUGCAACAACAUAACAUUCCCAUAAACACAGGAGUCUGUGGGGACUGACAUUGUGGCUAGUGGGUCUUCUGUUUGCUAAACACAAGUGCAAAGUCUGAUUUUGUGUAAUGUCUCAUAGAACUGUCUUGUUUUCUUUUUUGAAAGAUUGUGUGUAAUGUUGGGUUGAUUGUUUUGAAUGGGAUGGGAUGGGUUCACUCUGCUGAAAUAGACAAUAUGCUUGAUUUUUUUUCUUCUCAAUUGUUUCAUUUACAAACCUGAGUGUAAUUAUCAUUAUAAUAAAUGAAGUCUCU